AUGACAAAACGGGGGUCAAGGACUGGGUACAGUAUUGUGCAAUGUCUACCUUUGCUGAAACGCAUACUGUUCAAAAAGAUUGGUAACGGUAUUUCUACUGAUUUCUGGAAUGACCCUUGGAUCCCUACCAUCAAGGAUCCAUCCAUUCCUCCAUCUCUCAAUUUAUAUUUUCGACAUGAUAUGAGGGUUGACUCUUUGUACCUACAAAAUGAAUAUCCUGAAAAUGCUUCAUCUUCAUCUUCCAAGUUGCAUUUGCUUAAAAUGAUAGUUUUGACUUCGAUAGAGGAGAUAAGGUCACUUAGAUUAAUGACUGCCGUUAAGACCCCAUAUCUACCUGAUGGCAAAAUUGACCUUGAAGCUUACGAUGCCUUGAUUCAUAUGCAAAUUUUAGGUGGUGCUGAUAGUGUGCUAGUGGGUGGCUCAACAGGUGAAGGGCAACUGAUGAGCUGGGAGGAACACAUCAUGCUCAUAGCGCACACAGUUAAUUGUUUUGGGGGAUUGAUUAAGGUGAUUGGAAACACCGGAAGCAACUCAACAAAAGAAGCAAUCGAGGCCACUGAACAUGGUUUUGCUGUUGGGAUGGAUGCUGCCCUUCACAUCAAUCCUUUUUAUUGCAGGACAUCCAAUGGAGGUAUGGUUGCUCAUUUUGAGGCCGUUCUUCCCUUUGGGCCCAUCAUUAUCUACAAUGUUCCAACUAGGUCUGGUCAAGAUAUUCCUCCUGCUGUUAUCCGCGCCAUUGCCAAGCAUCCUAACUUGGCUGGUGUCAAGGAGUGUAUGGGCUUCAAUAGAAUCAAAGAGUACACUGAUGAGGGAAUCGUUACAUGGACUGGCAUUGACAAGGAGGGUCAUGACGCAAGAUUGGGCUAUGGGGCCAUUGGAGUGUCAUCUGUUGCCGGCAACUUGAUUCCACGAUUGAUGUCGAAGCUAAUGUUCGAGGCCGAGAACCCUUUGCUGAAUUCAAAGCUCGCACCUUUGUUUGAGUGGUUGCAUUGUGAGCCUAGCCCCAUUCCCACGAACACAGCUCUAAUGCAGCUUGGUGUGGUCAGGCCCGUGUUUCGGCUGCCUUAUUUACCUCUUUCUAGAGCAAGGAGGGAGGAAUUUGUGAGUAUAGUGAAGGAACUUGGACGUGAGAAUUUUGUGGGAGAUAGAGAUGUACAAGUUCUCGAAGAUGAUGAUUUUGUCGUGGUCCAUAAUUGGUAA